GAGGCGGUGAGCGGGCCGGAAGUGGGCCGGGGCCGCCGGGACGCCGGGCGGAGAUGAAGCCGGCGGUGGACGAGAUGUUUCCCGAGGGCGCCGGGCCCUACGUGGACCUGGACGAGGCAGGAGGCAGCACCGGUCUCCUGAUGGACUUGGCAGCCAAUGAAAAGGCAGUUCAUGCAGACUUUUUUAACGAUUUUGAAGAUCUCUUUGACGAUGAUGACGUCCAGUGAGGCGUGUCUGGCGGCGCAUCUGGUCCAGCUCUGCACGUGGUGGGGUGGCGGCUCUCCUCAGGACAGUUCAGGUGGCUCCAGAGAACUUGUGGAUGUCACUUGAAAUUAGGAGAUGAUGGUUAACCGAGACGGAGAAGAUGGUUUUAACCAUCUGGAUGAGCCAGUUGAUCUCUGAAUGUGACCAGCUUUUGUCCUUAACUUCAAUUAAAAGAAGUGAUGUUAUUCCUUG